AUGCCCCCCCUUCAACGGGAAACUGCCGCCUCCCCUAUGCCUGCUACUCCCGUGCCGAAUCCCAGCUUUUAUACCGGCUUCGUCCUGCUUUCUGCCCGGCUUGUUUCCUAUGCAAUUAUAUUUAGCUGUGUAUCUGCGUAUCUCUUUGCUGUUAUGCGCGCGUCUCAAUGGAUGGCCCUCGGGUCUAUAGUGCGAUCUGCAGUGGCACUUACUCCAGAACAGCUUAUCACUGCUCCGAGACGGAGUGAAGCUAUUCCUAACCCAUCUGGAGAAGUUGCGUUGUUUUCUACAUCGCAGUACUCUUUUGAGACACACAAAACGUCUUCGUGGUGGAGUCUAUUGGACUUGGAGUCUGGCAAGGCCACUCCCCUCACCAAUGAUAGCAAUGUCUCUGAGUUGAUCUGGCUUGGGUCGACUGAUUCGGGUCUGUUGUAUAUCAAUGGCACUAACGCCGACAUCCCGGGAGGAGUAGAGGUUUGGGUCUCGGAUACCUCUGAUUUCACCAAGUCUGCCUAUAAGGCGGCAUCGCUGCCGGCGCCGCUGUCUGGCCUCAAGACAGCCAUUACUAAAUCUGGAGAUAUCAAUUUCCUGGUUUACGGAGAGUCUUACGGCAAUGGAACUGCCUACAACGAGGAGCUUGCAGCGACACCUUUGAGCUCAGCGCGAAUCUAUGACAGCAUCUACACCCGUCACUGGGACACCUGGCUCACGACCAGAUUCAAUGCUGUCUUCUCGGGAUCUUUGAAGAAGAAGAGAGCCGGACAAGGCGCGGCAACUCGCUACACGUCCGAUGGAUCUCUCAAGAACCUCGUUGCUGGUGUCAAGAAUCUGGAAUCACCUAGCCCUCCUUUCGGCGAUGCGUCUGACUACGACAUCUCGCCCAACGGUAAGUUGGUCGCGUUCAAAAGCAAGGCACCUGAACUACCGCGUGCAAACAACACUGCUUCGUAUAUUUAUCUCGUGCCCCAUGAUGGCUCUCAGAAGGCCGUUGCGAUUAAUGGACCGGACAGUCCGGGUACACCGGAGGAUAUCAAGGGUGAUUCUAGCAGCCCUGCUUUCUCUCCGGAUGGCCGCCGCAUUGCCUACCUGCAAAUGAAGGAUGUCGCAUACGAGUCGGACCGCCGCACUCUCUAUGUCUACACCAUUGACUCCAAAAAGACGAUUCCAGCUUUGGCUAAGGACUGGGACCGCUCACCAAGCGCUGUUAAAUGGUCUGCGGAUGGAAAGAAUCUCCUCGCAAACACUGAGGACCAUGCUCGCACCAGGCUGUUCUUGCUGCCUGCCAAUGCUGGCGAUGACUUCACGCCCAAGAACUUCACCAAUGGUGGCUCCGUGAGUGCAUACUAUAACCUGCCCAACGGUGAGGUCUUGGUAUCAGGCACUGCCAUUUGGACCAGCUGGACAGUUUACACCACAAAACCAGGCAAGGGUCUCACCAAGAUUCUCUUCUCUGCCAAUGCAGUCGACCCUGGUCUGAAGGGGCUAAGCCCCGCUGAUAUUGAUGAGUUCCACUACAAGGGCAACUGGACUGAUAUUCAAUCUUGGCUUAUUUAUCCUCCCGGCUUUGACAAGUCAAAGAAAUACCCGCUGCUGUUCUAUAUCCACGGCGGCCCACAGGGUGCUUGGGCUGAUUCCUGGAGCAGUCGUUGGAACUAUAAGGCCUUCGCUGACCAAGGAUAUGUGGUUGUUGCACCCAACCCUACUGGUAGCACAGGAUUUGGUGAUAAGCUCACUGAUAUGAUCGCAAACAACUGGGGUAGUUACCCUUAUGAUGACUUGGUCAAGUGCUGGGAGUAUGUUCGCGACAACUUCGACUUCAUCGACACAGACCGUGGUGUGGCCGCCGGUGCCAGCUAUGGCGGCUUCAUGAUCAACUGGAUCCAGGGUAACCCUCUUGGUCGUGAAUUCAAGGGAUUGGUUAGCCACGAUGGAACAUUUGUUGCCGAUGCCAAAAUCUCGACUGAGGAAUUGUGGUUCAUCGAGCAUGAUUUCAACGGCACUUUCUGGGCCAACCGAGACAACUAUCGCCGCUGGGAUCCAUCAUCGCCGGAGCACAUCUUGCAAUUUGAUACACCACAGCUCAUCAUCCAUAGCUCCAAGGACUAUCGUCUUCCUGUCGCAGAGGGCCUGGCCUUGUUCAAUGUCUUGCAAGAACGGGGUGUCCCUAGUCGGCUGCUGAACUUCCCGGAUGAGAACCACUGGGUCCUCAACAAGGAAAACAGUCUUGUCUGGCACCAACAGGUUCUUGGAUGGCUUAACAAGUAUGCUGGUAUUGAUGCUCCAGGCACUGUCAGUCUGGACGAUACCACGAUUCCCGUUGUGGACUAUGAUCCUUGA